AUGGCACACACCUGGUGGUGGCUACUAUUUGGCGUUGUCCUACUGCUAACGGUUGGCACACGAUUCUACAAUGUAACGGCGCCGGACCACGUGUGCUGGGAUGAGACACACUUUGGGAAGAUGGGCAGCUGGUAUAUCAACCGAACGUUCUUCUUCGACGUUCACCCACCGCUCGGUAAAAUGCUGAUCGGCUUGUCCGGCUAUCUGACGGGAUACGAUGGCACGUAUCCUUUCGACAAGCCGGGCGACAAGUACAACGGAACACACUACGAAGGCAUGCGCAUUUUUUGCACCGCUCUCGGGGCAGCCAUCGUUCCCAUGUCCUUUCACACCGUGUGGGAUAUGACCCAUUCACUGACGGCGGCCACCUUUGCUGCGGCGUACAUACUGUUCGACAUCGGCAUGCUAAUCCUGAACCGGUACAUUCUGCUCGAUCCGCCGCUGAUCUUCUUUAUGACCGCCUCGGUUAUGGGUAUGGCCCGGGUGACGAGACUCACGCGGGACGCCCGAAGCUUCACCGGCAGCUGGUGGCUCUGGUUGGCGUUCACCGGCGCCAUGCUUUCCUGCACCAUUAGCGUGAAGUUCGUGGGCUUGUUCGUUGUGCUGCUCGUUGGUCUGCAUACGGCCAGCGAUUUGUGGGACGUGUUGGGCGAUCUGUCGCACCCGAUCGGGUACACCUUCCGGCAACUGCUAGCACGCGGCCUAACCCUAAUCGUGCUACCGAUCGUGCUUUACGCCAGCUUUUUCUACAUCCACCUCACGGUGUUGAAUCGCAGCGGAAGUGGCGACGGGUUCUACAGUUCCGGUUUCCAGUCCAAUCUGAUCGGCAACUCGCUGUACAACGUGUCGAUGCCGCGCGAAGUAGCGUACGGGGCAGUGGUCACGCUGAAGAACCACAAAACCGGCGGAGGAUAUUUGCACUCCCACAACCACCUCUACCCGAAGGGAGCCGGUGCACGCCAGCAGCAGGUGACGACGUACAGCCACAAGGACGAAAACAACCGAUGGCUGCUAAAACCGUACGACAAGCAGGGAGUGGACAACGUAACGCUCGUGAAACACGGUGAUCUCGUCCGCCUGGAGCAUUUUCCGACGCGCCGCAAUUUGCACUCGCACCGCGAAGAGGCACCCGUUACGAAAAAGCAUCUCCAAGUAACGUGCUACGGUGAGGACGGGCAGGGGGACACGAACGACGUGUGGCAGGUUCAGAUCGUUGGCGGGAAAACCGGUGACACGCUCGAGACGGUGACGAGCCGGCUGGUGUUCUAUCACUACAUCGAGCGCUGCGUGCUGACCACCACCAACAAGCAAUUGCCCAAGUGGGGCUUCGAGCAGCAGGAGGUCUCCUGCAACCCGAACAUCCGCGACAAGGCCGCCCAGUGGAACGUCGAGGAUAAUCAGUUUGAAAAGUUACCGAGCGUUAACUUUCAGGUGUACGCACCGGGGUUCCUUAGCCGUUUCCUUGAAUCGCACGCGGUGAUGCUGCAGGGCAACGCGGGCCUGAAGCCGAAGGAAGGCGAAGUCACCAGUCGCCCGUGGCAAUGGCCCAUCAACUAUCGGGGUCAGUUUUUCUCCGGCUCCGACCACCGCGUCUACCUGCUCGGCAACCCAAUCAUCUGGUGGAGCAAUUUGGUGUUUUUAGCACUGUUCCUAAUCAUCUUCGGCGUAGAGAUUAUCAGGUACCGGCGGAACGCGACACCUGCCGACACCAUCGUGACCUCGCCGGCCCCUCGCGGGCCGGCGGAUUGCUCCGAUAGCAACUGGCGCCUUCUGCGGGCCGCGGCCUGGUUGUUUGGCGGUUGGCUAAUCCAUUACCUGCCGUUCUAUGCGAUGGGCCGCGUCCUGUACUUUCAUCACUACUUCCCGGCACUGGUGUUCAACUCGAUGCUCGCCGGUGUAAUGCUCGACUACCUCACUGUCCGGCUGCCCGGCUGGCUGCGGCACACCGUCCUGGGAGUGGCGAUGGCAGGGCUGGCGUACAGUUUUAUGCUUUUCGCACCCCUUGCCUACGGUAUGAGUGGCCCGUUUAGUCACGAACCGAACUCCACCCUGGCCAGACUGAAAUGGCUGAGCAGCUGGGAAUUCUAA